CACCCUGUAUAUCUGGGUCAACGCGUUCGCAACACUUCGUUAAGUCUUCUAGCGCUGUAUAGCGCUGCAUGCAAGCUCUAUCAUUGAUUCCAUUCUCUUUGAACUGCUGCUGUAUCGUGAGGUAUAUAGACAAGGGACAUUCACAGGCUCACAAUCAGCGCAUUCCACGACCCCUUCGCACAGCAUAGCCGCGCCAGCCGCUUCAGCUUUGACAGCCUGUACAACAUCGUUCGUGUUAUCUCUUGCGUGAGGCAUACCCUUCCAGGUCGUCGGUCAGCGACACAUGCGUGCGUUGAGCCCGCCGCUUCCGUCGCGGCUCCGGGCCAGCGUAAGCUCUGCCGUUGGAGCACACCAGCCACGCCAUGAGCUCUGUGCGAAUGGCAUGCGUGCGGCGCCAGCGUGUGUGGGCGCAGCGGCGGCCCCCGAACGGCAGUCCGGCGGGCGCAGUGCAGGCCGCAGCCUGACCGCUGCUCGCGCGACAGCCAAGGCGGACCCCACGCCCGCCAUCGUGAACUACACGGUACAGAAGGGCGAGACACUAUGGGACGUAGCUGUGCAGCACGGCGUGUCCAUGCGCACCAUCAAGGAGCUCAACAAGCUGAGCGGCAAGGAACCCUUGCUCAAGGAAGGGCAGCAGCUGCUGGUACCGGCGUCCGGGAUAUCGCAGCUGGCGGUGAUGGAGGCGCCGGCCACGACAACCCCGGUGUUGGGCUCCGUCCCCGCGCGCGGCAUGUGGGUGGGCUCGGAGUAUGUGCGUCUGGCCACCAUCUCGGACGCGCGGCAGCUGUACCUGUCCCAGUGCGAUCGCGCCAACAGCCAGAACACACUGCUGGUGCUGUACGCGCCCUGGUGCCCGCACUGCAGGGAGAUGGAGGACGAGCUGGAGCGGCUGGCGGAGGGGCUGUCGCACGAGCAGAACGUGCGUGUGGUGGCGGUGAACGGUGACUCACCCGAGGGCCGCAUCUUCUCACGCGAGGUGCUGGGCGUUGCGUACUACCCCUCCAUAAUCUCCUUCCCGGAGCACUCCCGCACCUUCUACAAGUACAAGGGCCGCCAGCGCGACGCGGAGUCGCUCCUGCGCUUUCUCAAUAUGACCUGCUGCAGCCGGGCGCGGGAGGACCAGAUGUGGACGCUGCGGCCGGCGGGCACACGCUCGACUGUGGCGGCAUUGCCAGGCGCGAGCACGUUCCUGCCAAUCGGCAUGUCGCCCAGCGCUCUGGCGGCUGGCGUUGGCUCCGCGGCGCUGGCACUGGUGGGCAUUGCGGCCUUCCUGCGCACGCGGCGCCCCAUGCAGUCAGAUGUGGUGGCUGAGCUGGACAGCAGUGUGGGCCGCAUGCUGGGGCUGCUGCUGCGCGCGCUGGGCACACGCGUGGCGCUGGUGCUGGGGCUGGGCCGCAACGAGGAGGCACAGGCCGCAGCCGCAGUGGUCGCAGCCGUGCCUGCCGCCCCAGCGGCGGAUGCUACCGCCGCUUCGGUGCCGGCGGCGCCCGCAGAGGCUGACGCUGCGCCGGUGCCGGUCGAUGCCGCAGAGGUUGCGCAGGUGUCAGCCGCGCCCACAGCACUGGCACCCGCGGCAGCUGCUGAGGCGCCUAUCCCGGUGGUGGUCGCCGAGGUGCUUGCUCCUGCGGCGCCCGCGCCUGUGGACGCCGCUGCGCCCGCCGCCGCGGCGCCCGCCUCAACAGCGAAUGGCAACGGCGUGGGGACGACAGCAGCGACCGCACCUGCUGCUGCUGGGACGGCUGCUGCUGCGGCGGCGGCGGCAGUGUCAGCAGCCACUGCGGUUGCGCGCGAGCUGACAGCUGAAGAGCGCAUGCGGCUGACGCGGCUGACGGAUGACGAGUUAAUCGCGCUGGUGAACAGUGAUCCAGAUCUGGACAAGGUGCUGUCGCGGCUGCUGGGAGACAAGUGAUGGGAGGGGCGGAUGAUGAUGGGCCCUGGGUAGGAUGGGCUGAAAGCGAUCGUGGGAUCGGCGCGAGAGCGCUGCGCGGUAUGUGAUGUAGAUGCUGGGCGAACAACUGCCGCGCCAAGGUGGUUAUGGUGUGUGCGCUGCGGGACCAUAAACACAGAGGCGCGCAUCAAGCUUUCAAAUGGCAGGGGGAUGGUAAGUGUAUGGGGAGGGAGGGAGCUACAGUACGCUACUGCACCGCACAGAAUGCGGUGCUGCAAUGAUUCUUGUCGGGACGCCGAGGUUGAUGUGUGGCACAACAGGAGGCUUUGCAAUACAAUAAAACCUCACGUCUCGCACGAAUUACUCAUGGAUACAAUUGCGGGUAAGCACACGCAAGGGAAGGAAACUUGUGGCAACCCCGGUGGGGCCGUGUUUGUGUGUUCCGAUGCCGUAAUUUUCGCGGUGUGAGCUUCGAUGCGUGUUCAUACCCGUGUAAAUCAUCCUGCGA